UUUUUUUUGCACAAUCCUCCCUAGGAAUAAACGGACUGCUUUUAUUCCUCCUCUGUGUGUCGUGACGGUGAACCGGUGGUCAGUUUCACCGAGAGGGGACAACACACUCAGAGAUCGAUGAUAACAAGAAGCUGAUUGGUCUGAGGUGCCGGUCGUGUGUCAGCGAUGGGCAGGAAGUUAGAUCUGUCGGGGCUGACGGAGCACGAGGCGGAGCAUGUGCUGCAGGUGGUGCAGCGGGACAUGAGGCUGCGGAAGAAGGAGGAGGAGCGCCUCAGUGAACUGAAGCAAGAGCUGGACGAGGAGGGCAGUCGCUGCCUCCUGCUGUCACGGCAGAGUUGUUUCAACGAGCGCUGCUGCAUCCGCUGCUGCUCGCCCUUCACCUUCCUGCUCAACCCCAAGCGCCAGUGCUGCGACUGCCACUACAACGUCUGCAAGGCCUGCCGCGUCUACAACAAGAGGGACAAAGCCUGGCUCUGCUCCGCCUGCCAGAAGAGCAGGUUGCUGAAGACACAGUCGCUGGAGUGGUUCUACACUAAUGUGAAAACGCGCUUCAAGAGGUUUGGCAGCGCCAAAGUGCUGAAGACUUUUUACAGGAAACACCUGGCGGAGCACAGCGCCCUUUCAGAGCUUACUGAGGGCAGCGCCUACGAAGACAGUCUCUGCAAUGAGGGCAGCGCCUGUGGCAGCGACUCAACCUUCUACAGACAAACUGAAGAGCACAGCAUGGCAGAGACGAUCACUGUGGCCUUGCGGGUGGCAGAGGAGGCCAUAGACGAGGCGAUUUCCAAGGCUGAGUUCGACACUGCCAGUCAGGAGAAGCAGAAUGAGGCUCACUAUCUGCGGGAGCACAGAGGAGAGCUCAUUGAGGAACUGGCCAAAACUAUUGUGCAAAAAAUUAUCAGCAGGAGGAAGACUUUGGCUGAGUUGAGGACAGAUUACGACGAGGACUGGCCACUUGAACACAACUCUGACCUUCAUCACGAUCAAGGCUCCAGUUCCCUUAAAAACCAACCAGGCCUCUGGAGAUCACACUCUGCCUUCUCCCUGCUGGACAAUGACCCCCCCGGUCUGAUCCAGGACUCCCCUCAGGCACUGAAGAAAGACGGAGGCGGGUCGGCCAUGACCACCUGGAAGAGCGUCGACCGGCUGGACAACGCUGGUGUGUCCUCAGUGCUGAAGAGUCCGGACGGGAACUGGAUCGCCCUGCAGAGCGCCCAGCUGUCCCGUCCCAGCCUGCUGACCAGGAGGAAGAGCCUCCUCUUCAGUGCCUUGGAGAGGGAGUCCGGGGUCGUGUCUGCAUAUGAAGGAAUGGGCUCCGACAACGAGACCAAACCGGAGCCCGACAGCUCCUGGGGCGCCGUCCUCCAGGAGAUCCACAGGAAGAUGACAGACUCUAACUGCAACCUGCAGGACUCCGGGGACAGGACCCCGUCCCCUGCCCGGCGAGGCAGCAGAGACGAGCUGUUUUCAGACUCGGAGGGGAACUGGAAGCCUCAGAAAACUCUGCUCGCUCUUUUUAAGAGGAAGGUUCCUGCAGAGAUCAGGCGACCCACCUCAUCCCGCAGGACCAGCAUCAUCGAUGUGAACUUUAACGUGGAAGGAGCCGGAGAGGAAGAGGAGAAGAAAGCAGCCGCAGAGCCGGAGGUGGGAAGAGUCAGGAGAUCACGGAAGAAAAGAAGGAGUAAAAAAGAGUUGUCUUCUUCUGUGCUGGAUUACAGCGAAGAAGACGACUAUUCCCAACAUCCGUCUGAUGCCGUCACCCCCGAGACCCUGACGUCUGGAGCCACGACCCCUGAACCUUCACACCUUCAGAGUGACAUCACGGGACAAGGAGCCAAUCAGAUGGAGCAGGAGCUCACGUCCAAACUAGAACAACUAGCAGGCCGAGUUUCUGAAUCCUCCACCGAAGAAGAAGAAGAACAGGUUGACGGAGAUGUGAGAGAUGCUGGUAAUGAUGGAGGGAGGGAGGAAAAGAUCAAAGGAAGCGAGGAGCGAGAUGAAGAAGACGAGAGGCUGUGGAGGAUGGAGAUCGACUUGGAUGAAGGAAGAACUGAGGACGAUGAGGAAGUAGAUGAAGAGAUGAGAUCCAGAUUAUACCGGCUCAUCGCUCAGUCCAGACUCACAUACUUCUCGUCUACUGAUGAAGAGUUGGACAAAGUUGGCCGGAGUGACGAAUGGGAAUGGGAAGGAGACAAGGAUGAAGAUACGGACGAGGAAAAGACGGUCGGACUAACUUCUAAACUCUGGGAGCUGGAAAAACAAGUCGGGGCCAACCAGUUCUCCUCCACAGAGGAUGAGCUGGACAGAGUUGGCGUCACAGAUGAAGAGAAGAAGAGGACAGGAGAGGAGGAGGAGGAGGGAAAAGAAGAGCUGGCAGUGAGAGUGUGUAGAUUAGCUAACCAGGCCAACGCCACCCAAUUUUCUUCCACGGAGGAUGAGUUAGACCGAGCAGGCCGAGGUGAAGAGGGAGAGGAAGCGAUAGACGGAGAGAGGCUGUGGAAUAUGCACGCAGGAAAAGACUUCCAGGCUUUGGCUAGUUUGGUUAAUGCUUCUCACUUUUCUUCCACUGAGGAUGCACUGGAUAGAUAUGGAGAGAAUGAGGAGGAGGAGGUGGAUCAGGAGAUCAAUGAAGGAGGAUCCGAAAGGAAAGAAGAUAAGAAUCUGAAGAGGAGAGAAUCAUUUGGAGAUUUGGAUGUGAACAUGUUUGAUUUAAAGGAUGAAAUUGAGGAAAGAAAGAGCGGUGGCGAAAAAGUUGAAGAUGUCCAACAAGAUGAAAGGGAGGAGGAGAGAGAAACAGGUGAGGAUGAAAGGAUGGUAAAGGGGCAUGCAUGUGAAAAAAAAGUGGAAUAUUUGAAAGAGAAGGAGGCUAAGAAAGCAAAAGAGACAGAGGGAAGACGAGAGAUGCAAACAGAGGAGAUAAUAUCCUCACAAGAGACAAAAGUCCAAGAAGAGAAUCACCCAGAGGCGAAGUGGCGAGACGAAGAGGAAGAGGAAAGGAUUAGAGACACGGCAGCAGACAGCGAUGAGGAAAAUGCUGAAUUUAAUAGAAUCAUCAGCAGCAUGUUGAUGAUGACUUUGGAGGACAUGCAGGUAGAGACAUUAAGGGAUGAAGUGGCAGAAAAUGGGAGCAGAAAUAGAAAGGAGACGGAUAAGAAUGUAAAAAUCGAAAGUGAAAGUGCAUCUGAGGACAGCGCUGUUAAUGCACAAAGCACAAAUCCAUCAGAGGAGACAGGAAGUGCAAAAGUUUGUCGAGGCGACAACGUGAUGUCAGAGUCGUCUGUGACUGGGAGAUCAGGAGGAAAUGUAAGUGAGCAAAUUGGAGGAGAUACUUCCAGAGUAAAGGAGAGCGGAGACGCUUUGGGAGGAAAUGAAACUGAGCAGCAGCAAGAAGAUGCAGGUGCACGAGAAAAAGCUGCUGUUAUGGCAGUCGAGGAGACGCUGGAGGCCAAAGAGACGUGUGAAAGAACAGAAGAGGACAGAAAAGUCACGACUGAGUGCAACAUGACGGGAGAUGCUGCAGAGGGAGGCUGUGAGAGUGAAGAAGAGGAGGAAAGACUCGAGGAAACCGGAGAAGAAGAAGACACGGAGGGCUUACUGUCACCUGAGGAGAUUCUAAGUGGUAGUGACAUGGAGCUUUACAAAACUAUACAGUUUAUAUCGACUCUGCUGCAGCAGAGAUACUCGGCGGUGUCUCUGCGCAGCAUCACCACUGAGGUGCUCAAGGUGCUGAAUGCCACUGAAGAGCUGCUCCUGCAGGAGGUGGAGGGAGGAGACACCCGGCCACUCUCCAACACCUCGUUGCCCCCCAACACCGACCCCAAGAAACUGGACCAACAGUUCUCCAGACUGGAGGAGAACGUGUACGUGGCAGCUGGAGAGGUGUACAGUCUGGAGGCGGAGCUUAGUGACCUGGAGGAGUGUGCCAGGGGCAUCUGCAGCGCCACCUCCGACAUGGAGCUGGCCUUCCUGGAGGAGCAGGUAGCAUCAGCUGCUGCUAAGGUUCAACAGUCAGAGCUGCAGACUUGUGACAUCUCAGCCAGGAUCGCUGCUUUGAAGAAUGCAGGCCUCAAUGUGGAAUCACCACAGUCACGUUUCACCAAGACCAGGACCAUCCCAGAUAUGCCUGUCACUGUGGACUCAUCCAGACAGCUGAGGAGGCGAUUACCUGCACCACCAGUCAAAGAAGACAGAGAGGAAACCUGAAUCAUGGAGCCGGGAUCUUUGCAGUCCCUCCAACCCAGCAGUGCCUUGUCACUCUGCAGCCUGCAGGCCGGUCUUAAGUGAUCCAUUCACACACCAUUUGCCUUAAUUUCAUUUUUAGACUAAACAUGCCUCAAAUAAUACGGGACACAAGUACUGUAUGUCACUGAUUCUCGUAUCAUCAUAUGAAAAUGUACAGUAGAUAAAACUACUUUAUUAACAGCUUUGAAAAUGUGUCAGUAUCAAUCAACCUGGUAAAAACAAGCAAGUGUAACCCUCAGCUCGCAAAAAAUCACUAACAUUUGAGUUUUAAGACUUUUUUUUAGAUUUUACAAAAAGUGAGGUAAAACUGGUAAAAAUGUUACAUUGUUGUAUCACAGCAUGUAAAAAAAAUCCUAAUGUUUUAAUUAUAAUACUUUUGAUAGACUUUAUUUUAACAUCAUUAGCUGUCUGAUGAAUAAAACUAUACAAAUACUGUACAGUGACUGAAAAAGACACAAAAAUGAUGAGCUACUGACUAAAACCUGUUGCAUUAUAAAUAUACAGAUAAUGGGAACUAUUACUGCAUGUUAGAAAAAUGUUGGGAGACUGUUUUACGUCUGAAAUAAAUGUUUGUAAUGUAGUAGUGUACAUAUUUGUACAGCAAACCAAUCAGUAAAUAUGUUGUUUUCUGCCUUUAUUUUUGAAUUCAGAAAAUAAAGUAAAAUUGUAAAAAGUU